GUCGACCGCGCCACGACGUAGACGACAUUAUUACGAUAUAUACGGAUCCAAGAGGCAUCCCGGCGAGCGGCGCCCCGAAAAGAUCCACCGUACCAAUUCUAACUUGGACAACAUGAGCGCCUUGAUCAGGAAUCUCCGCCCCGCGCUGUCCGGGCUACUGCGGUCCAAGCCCGCUAUCCGAACGCCUCUUCCACUGCCGUCGUCGACCGCCCCGCGCCCGCGCUGCUACCACGCGCCGUCGACGCGGCGAUCUCACGAGGUCCUGCAAUCGGCCGGCCUUGGCCGCCUCUUCCAACGUGACUUUCUCGUGCGUCGACCACCGCCGUCGUCGCCGCAUGCGCCAGUGGUCCCACUCCCACGCCCACGGCACUACUCCUCCAGCCGGCCAAGAAGUUCCAGCGACGUGAAAUCCCAGAUAGUCUUCGCGGGGGUCGUCAUCAUCGUCGGCGGCGCGGUCACCAUCUGCUACGGCACCUUCGAGACCGUGCCCUACACCAACCGCCGCCACUUCGUCGUCCUCACGCACUCGGGAGAGCUCAAGCUCGGCGACUGGAUCUUCACCGGGGAGAAGAAGAAGCUGGGCGACAAGGUCCUCCCUCCGUCCCACCCUGCUUUUGUCCGUGUCCACGGCAUCGCCUCCGAGAUCAUCCGCGCCGCCGGACGCAGCCUCGCCGUCCACGAUGACGAUAAGCUCCUUGACGGCGAAAUAUGGGUCGGCGACGCGGCGCCGAGCCCCAAGAAGAAGGCUCGCUGGGGAGCGCCGCAGCAGCCGACGACCAAGCACCUCGACGGGUUCAAGUGGGAGGUGAUCGUCGUCAACAAUAAGCAGGUGAACGCCAUGUGCGCGCCCGGUGGCAAGAUCAUAGUCUACACCGGGCUGCUCGACAAGUUCAGCACCGACGCUGAGAUCGCCGCAGUGCUAGGGCACGAGGUUGCGCACGCCAUUGCAAGGCACACCGCAGAGGGGCUCACCAAGCACAUGUGGAUUCUCAUGCUCACGGUUUUCCUGGGCAUCUUUAUCGAUGAGCCAAAGAUGAUUGAUAAGCUCGCCAAAUACCUCCUCAGCCUGCCCUUCUCACGAAAGAUGGAGAUAGAGGCAGAUCACAUUGGAAUCCUGCUGCUCGCUGCCGCUGGUUUCGAUCCACGCAUAGCCCCUAAGGUCCACGAGAAGCUCGGAGAGCUCGGCGGGAAUUCAUCAUCGUUCAAGGAGUACAUGUCUACUCAUCCUUGCAGCAAGAAAAGAACGCGGCUUUUACUGGAUUCCAAGGUCAUGGACAAGGCCAUGGCGUUAUAUACAGAAGCAAGAGCGAGAAAAGAAGAAAUUGAUCAAUGAUUCUUCAUCUUGUAUCAAAUUAAGAUGCAGUCUUGACAUUUGCUUCCAUACACAGCCACCCUUAAAAAAUUGUAAAGGGUGAUGGUUUUCUGUCCAAACACUUGUUAUCCUAGAAUAAUUGAGAUUGUAUGAGCGUUAGGCCUUAUCCCUACACAGUGAUAACCGUAUAGGCACAUAUAUACAUGACCUGGAUAUAAUCGAAUGUAAUUUUGCACAACCUCUGUGUUGUACCACAACUCGCAUUCUCUGCCGCCACCAUAUCCUACUCC